AUUGAGCUUCUAUUUACUUUCAAGCGUGAACGCCUUGACGUUUGCACAGAGCUGUCGUUCGAUUGGAGAGUGACUGACUCGUGACCUGUCCUUGACUAGCAAUUCGUUGCUCCGGCCCCGCCUCCUUGCCACGCCCUAUGCGAAGACAGCAAAAUCAUGAUGGAGAUUUGUGGGGCCGCAAAACUCGACAAGAAUGCUUAACUGCGCUCCGUGCUUUGGCCGACGGGGCCCUAGCGGCCGCUCGAUUGAUGAGCAAAACAAUGCUGGUAAUAAAAAUAGCGCCGAGGAGGCCCUAAAGCAGCCGGCUGGACCUGCACUGGCUCCUGAGCGCCGAACCGUUGUCGAGAAUGCAGGCCCAGCCGAGCAGGCAAGCGAUGCACAGUUGCGGCUUUCCCCUAGUGAGUCGUCUGCGGCCGCAGUGACGCGGAUACCGUCCAGCGACACGAACGCUCUGCAGUCGAAACUGAAGGUCCCUUUCUCGGAGCUGACCUUCCACGCUCUGAUCGGCAAGGGAAGCUUUAAGCAGGUGUACCGCGGCAAAUGGAAUAACACCAACGUGGCCAUUGUGGCCAUGCGCAAGGGUGGGCUGGUCACAGAGGCGCGGCUGAUGCAACAGCUGGGCUCGCACCCCAACCUCUGCCAGUUCUACAGGUGGUCCACGGACACGCGCGGCAACGAGUAUGUUGUGUGUGAGCUGGUACCGUUUGGCUCGCUGGACAAGGUGCUGGCACACUUCGGGCCCUCGCUGCGCAAUCGUUCCAAGCUGAUGAUGUGCGAGCAGAUCUGCCACGCCAUGAGCGAGCUGGCCAGCGAGGGUGUGUUACACCGCGACCUGGCGGCACGCAACAUCCUGGUGCAGUCCAUGCAGCCAGUGCACAUCAAGGUGUCGGACUUCGGCCUAUCCCGCGCGGGGCCCGCGCCGUCACUGGAGCCAUCUGACAGCACAGUUGAGGGGGCCGGCCAGCGAGGUGCCCAGCAGCCUGAGGAGGAGGCGCUAGUGCCUGUGAGGUGGAGCGCGCCGGAGGUGCUGCGGUCCGGCGGCGGCUGGUCAGAGAAGUCAGAUGUGUGGGCCUACGGCAUCACAUGCUGGGAGAUCUUUAGCAACGGCGCGGAGCCUUACCCGAGCCGCUCCGACGCCGAGGCUGCGUUCGCCAUCAUGAAUGGCGAGCUGCUGCCGCGGCCCAAGAACUGCCCGCAGCCAGUGUACUCGCUCAUGGUCAACUGCUGGGCGGCGGAUCCGCGCCAGCGGCCCAGCUUCCGCCAGAUCGCCGACGUGUUUCGCCGUUGGCGCGAGGCCACCCUAGCUGCCAAGGCCGCCAGCGGGGCUGGGGCGGGUGGUGGCAGUGGGACCAACUCUCCGGCGGUCAGCAGCAAGCUGCCGCUCCUGUCCGGCGUGCUACCGGUAGAGCCGGCGCCGGCCAGCCCCACGGCGCACCAGCAGCUGCACCAGCAGCUACAGCAGUAUUUUCAGAAUCAGCUGGUCAUGCCGCGUGCCGCCGCGCCGCUGUCGCAGGUGCCGGAGGUGCCGCUGUCCUCGCACGAUACGCCGCAGGCACUCAGCAACGGUGUUCAUGCCGGCGCGGGGGGUGCGGCAAGCGCUGUGUCGUCAGGUCCGGAGCCGGCUGCGCCUGGUGGUGGCUACGUGCCGAUCACAGCACUGUGGCGGCCCGACACCGAGGCUGCGGCUGCUGCCGCCCAGUCGCUGGCCCCGAUUCAGUCCGGCGAGGUCCUGCACGUCAUAGACUCUGGAGCCGCCGCACCCGCGCCGCGCUCGUCGGGGGCGGCGCACAAUCCUUCUUUCAGCGCCGCCCACACAGCUCUGCCGCCAUCGCGAGGCGCCUGUGGAGGCUUCCAUGCCGCAGAACACGGCGCUUGUGCGCCCUGCGACGCUGACGGCGCCAGCCUAGUGCAUGUGGCUGCCGGACACGGCACGCUGGCGCCCGGGCAGCCCCACGACACGUGCGUAGCCGCGACCGGGACAGCCGACGCUGAUGUUGGGAGGCCGUCCUGCCGCGACGUUGCAGGGCUACAUGUGAUGAGCGCAACGCCGCCAACAGCGCAGGUGGACAGCCCAGAUCACGCCGCCUUGCCUACUGCGGUGCAGCUGUCGGUGGAGGCGCUGACUUUGCAGCCCCAUGCCGGCAGCCUGACAGCAAUGGACGCCAGGCAGCCCCGCGGCCCUGGGCCCGCCAGCGGACCCACGGUCGGCCAGUCGAUGGUGUGCUCGGCAGACGUGUGGCUAGAGGCGGCCAUGAUGAAUGAAGCCACGCUGUCGCAUGACGUGUCGCCAAGCCAGGCGCCGGGCGUCCAAACACCGCCGCAGCACCAGCAGUCGCAGCCGCUGCCGCCUCGGCACCAGCCCACGGCGCUGUCCGUCUCGAGUGGCUCGGGUGGCGUAAGCCUGCAACCGGCACCGAAUGGUCAUCUUUCAGACCCAGGACACGCUGUACGAGUAACUGCGAUUGGUCCAUCCGCGACAACCGUCCGCUAUCCCGGUGCCGGCCAUGCACCUGCAGCUAGUGCCACAGCCCUGGGCGCCGAUGCCCCAACAGCCGUGCCACAACAGGAGGUACCUCUUCCGCCAGCUGACACCUCAACACUUGUGGCAGGACCCCAAACAGUGGCGCACGCAGCCUUAGGGGCGCCGCUCGGCACAGGGACGAUGGGAGCUGGGCCGGGGCUGCCAGCCGAGCCUCUGGCACGGUACAGCAGCAGUGGGGUGAUGGGGCCCGCCCCGGGUACCGUCCCGCCACUGCCGCGCGUUUCGCGACGCGGAGGUGGAGGUGGCGGCCCGGGCGGCUUCGCGGCUGUGCCCAACUUUGGCUCCAUUUCAUCGGGUCCCGCCGAUGACGGUCGGCGCAGCUCCCGCUCCGCGUUGCGGUGGGCGGCGGGCGCUAGCGGCGCAGGGCCGGAGGCAGGCUUGCCACUUGCGGCGUACUAUGCUGGCGGCAGCACGGCGGGCAUGUUCUAUGAGACGUGCGUACUGAGCAUGGAGGUGGAGACCGCCAUUGACCCCAUGAUAUCCAUGAGCACCGCCGCGUCCAACGCCAACAACAUAUUCCGCGGCUACCCGGGCGCCAGUGGGCACGCCGGCGCUGGCAUCUCGUCAGGCGGCGUGCUGGGCCCUGGCGGCGCCGCAGGCACCGGCGCGCACCGGCUGUCCGCAGCUGCACGGCAGCUGGCGCUGGGGCUAGGCGACGCAUGCAGGCCGGGCACCGGCGGCAUGGACAGUGGCGAGCGAGCGCUGCGGUCACUGCAGGGCAUCAUGUUCAUGCGGCAGGGCACGGCGGGCGUGUUGUCAACGACGGAGGUGGCCGCGGACGAGGCCGCUGGUGUGUUCGCGCCAGCGAACGACCAGGAGCUACCGCCGACCUCGCCGGCUGGUGGUGGCGGCGUCGGCGGUCUGGAGUAUCUUGGGGAGGGGGAGCUGCCGCUGGACAAUGCGGCGUUCAGGGAUCCGGGGGGCAGGAUGCAGGCAUCGCCGCAUGUGGCUGGGGUGGCGUCGCCCCUGGUGGCCGCUGGCCUCUACCCGCCGGUCCCAGCUGGCAUGUAUGGAGCCCCAGCUGGGUCCGAUGCAGUGCCCGUGCUGACGGCAGCAGGGAGCAUGGCGGCGAUGGGUCUGGGGGUGGCGGUGGGGCUUACCAGGCCCGCCGCUGCCCCCGCUGCUAAGGCUCCGGCAGGCUCGUCAAACCCGUACGUGACCAUUCGGGAGCUGCAUCAGGGUAACCCGUACUGAACGGUGCGGCCCUCGCAACGGUGCCGCGCCCAUCGAGGCGGCUGGAGCACGCGGUUUGCAACAACAAAUGAAGUUCGACAUAGUCUAAAUGCACGGGGCACGCAUCGUGGAUUGCAGGUAGUUCAUAUCUCUGUUGCUCGCCAGUAUUCAUUGGUGCAGUAGAAACCCUGACGUGAAAGGGCCGGUCUGGAUGUCGGUAUACAUGCUCAAGGAUUAAAACUAAUGGGACACUGAAACUGUCGGUUGCGGUUUGGUCACGGUUGGGGAUGUGAGCUCGCGGGUGGGCUGGCUAUAUACGCAAGGUGCGCAACCCAAGGCGCUCCGGUGCGGUGCAGACUUUAAGGGGAAAUCCCAAUGGGGGGGGCACGCCUGCUACUGAGUAACAAGGCUGUUUUGCUAUCAGGCACUGGUACUUGUGGACUGGGUUCACGUUCCUGCAACAACAUCACCAGACACAAGUACUGUACAUGACACAGGCCCACAUGCUCCUGCCUCAGCCCAUACUACCCUGCCUCAGCCCUUACUACCCAUAUAGUCCCGGGAGCACCAGCAGCAGCACGGGGUCGAGUGAUGAUGUGGGGCGCGGUGUAUGGAGGUGGCAUCCUGUGUGUUUAUCUGGGCGCUUCAUUGCGCAAAGCCAAUCGAGCCCACCUCGGGGACAUGUUCAAUUUUAUGGUGUGUGAGAGCCGCCUCGCCCCGGUAAGUGCACGUGCUUGAGUGCUGUGCUGCAGUAGGAUGACUCAGACCGCCG